AUGGCCACCAUUAAACAGAUCGAUGGCCGUAGUGUCCAUCAAAUCCAAUCGGGGCAGGUCAUUGUCGACCUGUGCUCUGUAGUCAAGGAACUUGUUGAGAAUAGUAUUGAUUCUGGAGCAACAAUCCUAGAUGUUCGAUUCAAAAACCAAGGCCUUGAUUCCAUCGAAGUUCAAGAUAAUGGAUCUGGAAUCGCACCCGCCAGCUAUGGUUCCGUUGCUCUUAAGCACCACACGUCGAAGCUUUCUUCAUACUCUGAUAUAGCGUCGCUGCAAACGUUUGGCUUUCGCGGCGAAGCAUUGGCAUCGUUAUGCGCCUUAUCUAUCCUUACUGUGACAACAUGCCUGGAACAAGAUGCCCCUAAAGGGUCUAAGUUAACAUUCUUGCAAUCUGGGAGGUUGGAAAACACCAGCGUUGUUGCGGCUCAGAGAGGAACCACAGUCAGCGUCGAAAAUCUGUUUCACAAUCUGCCUGUCCGACGCCGAGAGCUUGACCGUAAUAUCAAAAGGGAGUGGCACAAAGUUAUUGCUCUACUUAACCAGUACGCGUGCAUUCUAACGAAUGUGAAAUUCUCCGUAUCCCAGCAGCCUACAAAAGGGAAACGAAUAUUGCUCUUUUCUACCAAAGGCAACCCGAGCACUCGUGAUAACAUUAUCAACAUUUUCGGCGCAAAAACGCUAGCCGCCUUGAUCCCUCUUGAGCUUGACCUAGAGAUCAAGCCUUCUGGAACUCGCCGUGACGUGCGAUCUGACGAAAAUCCGACGGCAAACAGUCAUGGCGUUCGUAUUGUUGGCCAUGUCUCAAAGCCCGCCCACGGAGAAGGCAGACAAACUCCAGAUCGCCAAAUGUUCUUUGUGAAUGGCCGGCCCUGCUCGUUGCCUCAGCUGGCCAAAGUAUUCAACGAAGUCUAUCGAUUAUACAAUAACUCGCAAUCGCCCUUCAUUUUCGCUGACGUCCAGCUAGACACUAUGCUGUACGAUGUGAAUGUGAGUCCCGAUAAACGAUCUAUUCUAUUACAUGAUCAAAACAACUUGCUAGAUACUCUUCGUAUCUCCCUAUCACAACUGUUCGAUUCUCACGAAGACAGUAUAUCAAUUACCACGUCAGCUGAGAACGUAAAACUGCUUUCUUCUCAUACCAGGGUCACCAAAACAGAACAGCCCCGCCAAACUCCUAGCAAAUUGACGCUUGAAGCUUACACUGCUGCUGCAUCGAACCCCAAUUCCGGCGAUGAGAGCAGCAAGUCCAAUCCCGCCAGUGAUAGCGGAGAGUCUGAGCAGGAUGACAUGGCCGUCCCAGCAUUAGGCGCAAGAUCAGUAAACACAAGACUUAGAGGCAAUGGAAUGGGAAAACAGCGUCUAGAUGAUGGCCCCGAGACAUCAAUCAGAGCAAACGGUAUACAGCUUCCAGAUCCAGAAUCUUUUCGCCAAAAAUCCGCUACUUUGGGAGACCUUUCACCUCCAGAUGAAGGUUCAUCAACCGCGUCCAGCACCCAAAGCACUCCAAGUCAUAAUAAGACUUCACGCGACGAUCCCAGUCCCAUCAUCCAUACGCAAAGUUCUACCUCUUCGAGCAUAAAGUCACCUGAUAUUCCUACAGUGAACGUCGGCGACCACAGCUUGGGUAAUACGACAAUCCCCCCACGGGAGUCGAAUAGAUUUACGAGAACAGCGGAUUUGGAGGAUGAGCCCCCCGAAAGCGGAAGACUGCGUUCUAAACUUUUCAUUCUUAAUCAAGCAAAAGAAUCCUUGGUUCAGUCUGGUCCAUCUCAGCUAGAUGUUGAAGCCAUCAUCCAGUCAUCUCCACACGUGGCAAAAAAUAUUAAAGAUAUUCACAAUGAUGAUCCUACAAAUCGUUCCGCGCAUGAUUUACAGCCUGCUGCAGAGGAGGGAGUAAAAUCUAAUGCUACGCCAACAGAUGGUGGCUCUCCAACCAAUAUAAUCAGUGCAGGCGAUAUCACUGCAGAAUCUAAGGUCCAGUCCUCCAGGCCAGCAAGGCGAAAGGAAGCUACAGUGAAUCUCGUACAGCAUUUGCGCGUGCAGAGAGACAAAGUUCAGCGAAUGAGCACUGCGCAUCUUCCCCGCCGUAACUUUUCGUCUACAUAUACAACGCAGAGUGCUUCCUCUGUAGAACGAAUCGACGCCAGCGAUGCGGAAUCAAAACUCCCUCUUAUUAUUACAAAGGGAGAUUUCUCAAGAAUGAAAAUCAUUGGCCAGUUCAAUCUUGGUUUUAUCAUUGCCGUUAAACCUGCCAGGCGCAUGAGCACGGACAGUGGUGGAAAACAUGACGAACUUUUCAUCAUCGACCAACACGCCUCUGAUGAGAAGUACAAUUACGAGAAGCUUCAGAAUACUACCGAGAUUCAGUCUCAACGUCUUGUUCAUCCUAUGAGGCUUAGACUAACAGCCCUUGAGGAGGAAAUUAUACUGGAGAACUCUUCAGCGUUGAACGCAAACGGGUUUAAAGUGACUAUCGAUACGACGGGAAACUUGCCUGUGGGCUCACGGUGUCACUUGAUGGCAUUGCCUCUGAGUCGAGAAGUCACGUUCAAAUUGGAAGAUUUGGAAGAGUUAAUAUCCCUCCUCGGUGAUAAAUCAGCCGAGUCUUCGUACAUUCCCCGUCCUUCGAAGGUGCAAAAGAUGCUUGCUAUGAGAGCAUGUCGCAGUAGCAUUAUGAUUGGCAAGGCCAUGACGAGAAGUCAGAUGCAUUCACUUGUUAACCAUAUGGGCGAGCUGGAUAAGCCCUGGAAUUGUCCUCAUGGGCGUCCCACGAUUCGACAUUUAAGUCGCCUGCAGACGUGGGGUGCAGUAGGAUGGAAACAUGAUCUGCAUACCGACUCGAUUGCAACUUGGCAAGACUAUCUGGAAGAAACUGACUGA